AUGGAGAACAACUUUAAUGGGCAGCCCAGUGAAAACUUAAUCCACUCUGGGAUCAGUGUCAGCACAAACCCAAGGGAUGGGUCUGAGCCCUGGAAAACCAUCUGGGACUUCGAGGCUGUACUUGGGCCUUACCAGCUGCCGCCCAGAGAGAAUCGCUUCAUUAUCUCCAGGAACAGACUGCAGAGCUUGAGCCCAUAUGGGAAACGCAUCCAAGCCCUGUGCAGAGGAAUCCCCUCCUACCUCGCUUACCCAGCUCCUGGUGAGUCUGCUGCUGACGGCCCCGGAGCUCCAAAAUGUGCACAGAUUUGGACGGCAGUCCUUCUAGGACUCGUCCUGAAUCCAGCCCUUGCUGAUUACUCUCAGAAGACAAAUGGAAACCAGCAAAUCAUCUUUGGUGGAGACUCUCAAAUCACUAUCACCGGUAUCUCACAAGGCGUGAAGCUCAAUAGUCAAACAAGGGUGGCAAUCAUCGAGCAAAAGAGCCAAACUUUAUCAUGGAAAACCAUCUGGAACUACAACAGGGGUGUCAUUGCAACCAAAAUCAUACAGCAGAACACCUGCUACAUUUCCAUCAUGAACAGAACUGACAUACCCAGUUUUAAUAGUCUGGCCCGACUGGCGGCAGAGAGCAGGAACAUGAUUGGUGUUCUUGGAAGACCCACCAAGGAGAUCACCUUUGUCACCAGUGGACUGGUCAACAACCUCUACUCCUAUGGAACUGAGAUUGCGGCUAUGUGCAGCGGAGUCACCACAUACAUGGCUUAUGAAGUUCAUGGACUCCAAGCAAAUCUGGGAUCCUGCAUUACCCUCAAUGUCUUGAGAGCUGUGGAUCUGAGGUACUGCAAUAGCAAUGGCAACUGGAAUGGCAUUGGCAACGGCAAUUGGAAUGGUAAUUGGAAUGGCAAUUUGAAUGGCAAUGGCAACUGGAAUGGCAAUUGGAAUAUCACUGGCAAUUGGAAUGGCAAUUGGAAUGGCAAUGGACAGGUGAGAAAACCUUAG